AAACAAAAUUUGAAGAGGAGAGUUGUAUUGAUAAGACGCAGUUGCGCUCCUUCUUAUCAGAACAUAGUUUUAAAGUGUCUGCGUGUUCAUAUUUGUUGUCUCGUUAAAAGAGAGAAUUUUGUGAGGAAGAAGGAAGAUCUGAGAUGGCAAGUUUUGGAGGAACAACCCAGAAGUGCAAGGCUUGUGAGAAGACUGUGUAUUUGGUUGAUCAGCUUACUGCUGAUAACAAAGUCUAUCACAAGGCUUGUUUUAGAUGCCACCACUGUAAGAGUACGCUCAAGCUGUUCAAUUAUUCCUCCUUUGAGGGCGUUUUGUAUUGCAAGCCUCACUUUGAUCAGCUGUUUAAGAUGACUGGAAGCUUGGAUAAGAGUUUUGAAGGGACUCCAAAAACUAAUAGGGUUGAAAGAUCUGCUGAUCAGGUAACAAAUAGCAGAGUCUCCAGUAUGUUUGCUGGAACUCAGGAGAAAUGUUUUGCUUGUGAGAAGACUGUUUACCCAAUUGAAAAGGUGGCAGUCGAUGGCAUAUCAUACCACAAAGCCUGUUUCAGGUGUACCCAUGGUGGCUGUGUGAUUAGUCCUUCAAAUUAUGUCGCACAUGAGCAUCGGCUUUAUUGUAGGCAUCACCACAAUCAACUCUUCAAGCAGAAGGGUAACUUCAGCCAACUUGACAACCAUGAACAAGUUAAAGGGGUGACUGAGAACGCAACAGCCUAGUGAUACUGUGAAAUUUUCUUGUUUUAAUGUGAGAAUCUGUAUUUGGUUGGAUAGUGAGUUUCCAAGCAAGAGUCGGGUUCAACUGUUUAAGCGUACAAGAACAGCUAUGCUAUUUUAUUUUUUUAAAUAUAUUUAUAUAUGUCAUAUGUCAUUGCAAACAAA